AGGAGUUUGCAGUGUAUCAUGGGAGCCCACGGUGCAGGCAGAUUUUAUAUGUUAAGGGAACCGCCAUCUUUUAUUGACAAGUAGCCUGUAUUUAGAGAUGUCUGAAAUUUUUAAAAUGCAUUUUUCGGGGAUUUCGUAAACAUCAAAGACCUUAGAGAAUACUGAAUUACCACAUUUAUUCUCUAAUUUUGAAAUCUGGGCUUGCAAAACUGUUCUGCUGGCAAUGGGUCGGUCCCGCAGCCGUAGUUCAUCCCGUUCUAAGCACUCCAAGAGCAGUAAACACAGCAAAAAGCGUAGCCGUACAAAAUCUAGAUCGCGUUCAAAGUCUAGGGAGAAGGAACGCGCUAAGAAACGGUCCAAAUCCAGAGAAAGUAAGAGAAAUAGGCAUCGAGAGUCUCGGUCCAGAUCGCGCUCCACCGCUGUUACGGCCCGCCGGGACCGUGAAAGGGAGCGGGAGCAACGUGAACGAGAAAGACUUGAACGACUUGAGCGAGAAAGAGAACGGGAACAGCGGGAAAGGGAGCGUGAGUUGAGGGAACGGGAACGAGCUGCCACUCCACCAGAACGUGUGGACAUCUUUGGCCGCAAUGUCAGUAAACGCAGCACUCUAGAUGAAAAACAAAAACGGGAGGAGGAAGAGAAAAAAGCUGAAAUUGAAAAGCAGCGGAAGAUUCGACAACAAGAGAUAGAGGAAAAGUUGAUCGAAGAAGAAACUGCACGGAGAGUAGAAGAGUUGGUUGCCAAACGGGUGGAGGAAGAAUUGGAGAAGAGGAAAGAUGAGAUUGAACGUGAAGUUCUCCGUAGGGUAGAAGAAGCCAAGCGAAUCAUGGAAAAGCAGUUGGUGGAAGAGCUUGAGCGUCAGCGGCAAGCUGAGCUCGCAGCACAAAAAGCCAGAGAGGAGGAAGAACGUGAAAAACGUGAGGAAUUAGAGCGAAUAUUGGAGGAAAAUAACCGAAAAAUUGCUGAAGCUCAGGCUAAGCUGAGACACUUCAUCCAGUACUGGUUUGUCUUUGUUGCAUUACUGUUGUGUUCUUUCUGGUACUGGAACACGGUUCUUAAAUCAAUUUUUAUUAUGGAAUCUAGAACUGGUGAUGAUAUUUUAAAUGAACUUUUCACUAUGAAUAAUAAUCCGUUGCUAGAAUUAUCCCUUAAAGAUUUAGCAACAGAUGGAAGUAAAACUGCUAACAUAGCAUCAAACAUGGAAAUACUGCAAUUAACGAGAAGAAUAGAAAAUAACUUUCACAAAUUAAAAAACAUACAAUGGCAGAGGCAGCAUAUGGAGGCGUGCCUCAGCUUCAAGAUAGUCCCAAGGGGACUAAGAAUUCUUAAGAUGCCGACUUUUAGCACAACAUACCCUGACUUGUUAGGGAAAUGGCAAAAACUUAACCUGGAAACCAGCUAUGGGUAUAUCAGGUUAUUAAUAGAACAAUAUCAACUGAUAGAGAAGAAUCUAAUGGAAGAUAUUAGUGAGAUGGAAAAGAAGUUAAUAAUCCUUCUCGACCCAGAUGGGAUAGAAAAUUUCCUUAAAGAUCUGACUACCUCUGUGAAAAUGCUUGAUAAUAAAUUAAAAUCUGAUAAGAAGAAAAAACUGGAGAGAGACUACAACGAUUUCAGGAGAGACCAGAUAUUCUCUUGGCCGAGAGAAACAUUUGGAAGAACAAUAAUGUUACAUUCAAAGGAGCCAUGGGCAGUGAUUUAA